GUUAGACCGAUGCGAUUUGGCUUUCCUUGACACUGUGCCAAUUCUUAAUGUUUUGAGGCACUCCAGUGCAUGGAUUUCAGGUCACGACAAUGUCUAACCCAAAAAUGUGUUUUAUGUGCCUUCAACCAGCCAAAUUAAGAUGUGAGGAAUGUGAGGCAGACAUUUGGUAUUGUGGGCACACACACGGUAAUUACCAUCGCCUUGAUGGAUCAAGCCAAUGCUCUCCAGUAAUGAUUUCCUUCCAGGAAGGGAUUGGACGGUGUCUUCUGGCAAGUAGAAAUAUCAUUGCAGGAGAAGUCAUAUUUUUCGAGCACCCCAUCGUGGUUGGACCAAAUAAUGUGACCGCGCCACAAUGCCUCAUCUGCAACUCAAAGAUAACCGAAACUGAGAUCGUGUGCUCUUGCAACUAUCCAAUGUGUUCAAAAAUAUGUCAAGAUCUUCAUGAGGGCAAAAGAGAGUGCCAGAUCCUGGGUGACAUCAAAUUAGAUCUCAAUUAUGAACUCAUUUUACCCCUGAGAUUGCUUUUGACGCAAGAUCAAGAUCAUCGUGCAUUUUUGGGAACACUGAUGAAUCACGUUGAGGAAAAACAGCAAAACAAAGAGAAUUGGAUGCAUUUGAAACAUAGUGUGAUUGAGCCGUUGGUCCAAGCCUUUCAAGGGACAAUCUCAGAAAUAGCAGUGACAGAAGCUCUAGGUGUGGUGGAAGUGAACAAUUAUGAGAUUUACAACCCUUUAGAUUGCGGAUAUCGCGGGAUAUUUCCCAUGACGUCACUUAUGACACACUCUUGCGCACCAAAUUCCAGGCAUGCCAUGGAAAAGAAAUCACCAUGGUCGAAUCGAUGCAUUGCCACUGUGGAUAUACCCAAAGGACAAGACAUCACCACUACUUAUGUUCCGUUGAUCCUCAGCACCCAACAAAGAAGAUCAAAAUUGAGAGAGAGUUGGUAUUUCGAUUGCAUGUGCUCGCGAUGUCAAGAUCCAACAGAAUUCGGAUCUAAUCUGGCUGGAAUACUGUGCAGCAAAUGCUCAAAAAAAUCAUUUCUAUUGCCCGCCAACCCGCUGAAUUUUGAUUCGGUUUGGCUUUGUGUCUCUGAGGUUUGUGAUAAUGAGCUGACUCGUGAUCAAAUCGCUCAGAUUCUCGAUUCUCUCGUUGAGCGCAAAGAUUCCUUGGACCGCAGCGAUGUGCACGAAUUCAUCAAUUUCUUACACGAAUCUGAAAACAUCCUCCAUAUCAACCACUAUAUCCUCAAUUCAUUACGACGAUGGAUAGUGUCGCUAUUUUGUCGCACCACAAAAGGUAACCCUGAUCCGGAAGCGAUAACCGUCAGCAUGCUGGAAGCCAAGGUGAUGAUUGCUGACAAAUAUUUGUUUGUCUUGAAUAAGAUCGAACCGGGAUUAACUAGGAAUAGAGGACGGGUUCUGUACGAAAAGGCAGAUGCUCAAGCCAAAUUGGCUAAUAAGAAACUCGAGGGUGGAGAACUCGAUGGUCUCACUUUCUUGGAACUCCUUCAAGACAGCUCUCGUCUGGCCAUGGAAGCAAGCAAAUGCCUUCGAUAUGAUCCCGAGGGCUCGUUUGAAUCCUUCAUUCGAAGCUCGAGCAAUUUUCUGAUCCAAGAGAUUGACCAAUUUCAGAAGUUUUUACUUAUAUAAGACAUGAAUAUACAAAAUGUUAUUGAGCGUU